GGAUCGGCGUAUGCUUGUAUACAACCCUGAUUUCCAUUUUUUUCUCAACUCGUAAUGUAUUUAAUUCUGGAGAGACGUAAUCAUGACGUGUCGUGUCAUUAAUCUGCUCGCCGCCUCUCCCGAGACUGAAGGAGGCAGCAGUGAGUCCGUCCAGAGCCGAGCCUCAGAAGAAUGGCAUAACACCACACACACUCACGAGGAUGGAUUCUCCGCCAGAGUGUCUUCUGUCUCUGUCUCAUGACGUCCCCCAGUCUCCCCCCGCUCUCCCGUCUCUGGACCACAGCCCCCGACCUCAGCCCUCUCCCCCCGAGAGCCCCGGGGUCCUCCCCCUGCACAGCCCGGAGCCCUCCCCCCGGAGCCCCAGCACCACGCCCUCCUUCCCCCUCUCCCCCUACGCCCUCGACGCCGACGACGCCCCCCCGGAAUGUAUCGACAACGACCACGAAGAAAGUCUGGACGGCAUCCCCGCCUCUCCCACUCCGGCCGUGGCGCUGUUUCCCGGAGGAGGAGGCGGGCAGGAGACGGCGCACAGCCCCAUCCUGGACUCCUCUCCCCCGGCCACUCCGUCCGCACCUCCCCUCGGCUUCGGCGCUCUGGAGGUCGCGCUCGCUUCCGGGCAAAAGAUCAGCGACGAACUGGACCUCCAGCUUUUCCAGAAGGAGAGUAUCACAACCAAACCUCACCCGGGAGCGAGCGCGUCCACUGCAGGUCCGGCGCUGAGGUUCCCCUGUAACGUCUGUGGAAAAAGGUUUCGUUUUCAAAGUAUUUUAUCGCUCCACGCUCGGGCCCACACUUUGGACAGGAGGGCUUCAGCGAUCUACAGGACGAGUUUACCCUCUGCGCCGCUAAAACAGCAUCUCAAACAAAACCUCAAAGAAUCGAUUCACCGAAGUCACUCAAACCAGCGCGUUGUACCCGCCAAUUUGAUCCAUUUGACCCAAGAGGACGAGUCAGACAUUAAGGAGCUCGAUGGGCUACAGUCGGAUCCAAAUCCAAACUUUCUGUUGGACGUUAGCACGGCGCUAACACCCCCGCUGACCGAAGACCCCAUAACCUCCCCGUACGCCUCUAUUCAAAUCGGAGAGGCCGCUUCAACGCCGACCGCGCCCACGUUCCGAUGCCACGCCUGCAAAGGGAAAUUCCGCACCGCUUCCGAGUUGGCGCGUCAUGUCCGAAUCCUCCACAACCCCUAUAAAUGCACUCUCUGCCCCUUCUCAGCUAGCCAAGAAGAAAUCUUAGCGUCGCAUUUGCAGGAGAGCCACCCGAUCCGUGAAGCUCCGCCGCUGUACAUGUCCAGACCGAUCGUAGCGAGCCCGGAAACGCCCGUCCCAACGCCGUCGCACACCCCUGCUCCUAGCCAAACGGUAGCUUCGCCAGGCGCGGCAGGAGCGAACUCAUCCGCGGUGCCGGCUUUCCGCUGCGACACGUGCGGGCAGCGCUUCACCCAGUCCUGGUUCUUAAAGGGACACAUGCGGAAACACAAAGACUCCUUGGAUCACAAAUGCCAGGUGUGCGGGCGCGGUUUCAAAGAGCCGUGGUUCCUUAAGAAUCACAUGAAAGUCCACCUCAACAAGCUCGGACUGAAAUCUGCGCUGUCUGCGUCGCCUGGUGCGGUUGCUAACGCCGAACAACAAGCUAAAAGUGCUCAGAGUAACCAGCUAAACACGUUAUAUUCGAGUUUGCUUCUUGCGCAGCGUGGAGGAGGGAGAGGGCGAACGGAUCGGGAGAGCAGACUGGGCAUGGGUACGAGCAAGUCGGCCAUUUUGGGGUAUUUGGGGUUGCCUAGCGAUGGCAGCGGGGGCAGCUGUAUGGAAAGGCUACAGGCGGUUGCGCAGGUGGCAGAAAUGGGGAACGGUAGCAGUAUUAGCGGACAAGGAGCGGAGCAGAGAAAGACUAGCAAUAGCGACAAUCCUGGCGUGAUUUCAGAGGCUAACGACCAAGCGGCGUGGUGGCAGCUCGUCGCGAGGAGCAUCGCUGUAGCGCAACAACAACAACAACAACAGCAAACAAGACCCCAGCCUCGAAGUCAAAGAGCCCCGGGACGGAGCUCUGCCAUCGGGGAAGCCAAUCAAGUCAGGGGGGGCUAUCUGGGAGGAGUGAACCAGAGGGACGAGGCCGGAGGCGCCCUGCGGAACGGAGGGUCCUGGGAAUGUCCCGAUUGCGGAAAACUGUUCGCGAGUCUGCAGCAGGUGGUGGUCCACGCCCGGGUCCACGCUCACAGAGGGCAGAAAACGAGCAACGACGAAGAAGGGAUGGGGAAAAGUCACGGAGGAGGAGUGGGAGGAGGAAUAGCAGGACACGGGAUGAGCGAGACGAGCAGACGGCAGGAUCACGGCGGAGGCGGAGACGCGAGACACGAAGCCAAACUCGGACCUCAACAAACGGCGAUGACGGCAGGAUUCCACUCCACCGUGUCCAGCUUUAAAGGCGAGAAUGGCGUCGGCGCGGUGUCGUCCAUGGCGUCCGUGCCCAGGGAGAGAGUCCGGGGCCGCGGCAUCAAGGACUGUCCCUACUGCGGCAAAGCGUUUCGAUCUUCUCACCACCUGAAAGUCCACCUCAGAGUCCACACAGGUGAGCGUCCGUACAAAUGUCCUCACUGUGACUACGCGGGGACGCAGUCCGGCUCUCUCAAGUACCACCUGCAGAGGCACCACCGAGAGCAGAGGAACGCCGCCGCCAACGCCGCCGCCAACGCAGCUAAUGCAGCCAGCGCAGCCUCGUCUGGACUCGGAGCCGCGCUCGGCAACCACGGUCUUUCCUCGGGGACGUCUCUGCUCCUGAAACAACGUCGAUCUCAGCAAAGCCACGGACCAAUCAACCGCGCGGCUGCCGACACGCCCACCUCCAGGUCAACAGCCAAUCAGCAGCAGGCGUUUGGGCUCCUGACGCUUCCUGACCAGGACCACCACAAAACCAUGUCCGCCCUGCGAGACGCGGAUCUGGAAAGCCAGUACCGGUAUCUGUCUGGAAUGAUGGGCACGCUGUAUCAGGAGGGAAACUGGAUACGGGAAUCUCCACCUCCAAAAGUGGCCAAAGUGUCGAGACGCAAACCCUUAACCACAAGUCGAAUGGUUCAACCCCAAAAAGACGGCGGUGGCGGCGGCGCUGCUUCAGACGGCAAAUUUGAACCACUGGAUUUGUCCAGACGCACCUCUCCUGGUUUGGGAGGAUCUGAAGAAGACGGGAUGGGAACUUUUGGCGAAAUCGAAAACGAGCAAAACGCCGUUAAACUUAGCGAAUGCGUUUUUUGCCCAUUCCGCACGUCUUCGGCCGAGCUCAUGACGAUGCACCUCCAGGUCAACCACACCAGUAAGUCCAGACGCAAAAGGAGUUUAGCCACCGCUCCGGACGACGAUGCUAACGCCAGGUUCUCCCAGUUUGAUGCCAAUCCGGAUUCUCCAGGAUUAUGGAAAAAAAUGAGCAGUUUGGACCAACAAGAGUGGUCCACAAACGGAGAAUUAUCCGAAAACGCAGGAGUGGAUUUUAAAGAAAUGGAAGAUGAAAACCAAGAAGACGAAUUCGGUGAAAAUUUGGAUGAAACGAGUUUGGAAAAUUCCCCUGAACGUGAUCAGGAUCAGGAGGCGGGAGCGUCCGCUAGCUUGUCGCCUGCGCCGAUGUCCAACGCCGACGAAGAUGAAGAAAUGGAUUAAACUGAUUUGGGGAUGGCCUUUUUUUUAAAUUCUCCACUUUGUAAAGAGGAAGUGGUUGAAUUGAAUCAAGAUUUUGCCGUUUGGCUGUUUCCGCUAGAGCACAAAACAUCAACGAUGCUACUUAUGAGGAAUUUCUGGACCAGUUUUUUAUAUUUUAACAUAAAAUAGUGACAAGAGAAACGCGAGAGGCAUUCAUGGACAUCGUUUAACGGAACAUGGCUGUGAACGUAUACGCCGAGAUCUUCCUGAAAGGCGCGAGUCUGGGGAGUCGCCAAGUUGUCAAUCAUUUACGUCAUUUAGCUUAGCGACGAUUUCCUCAGCUGAAACUCACUGCCUGCGUGAAAUUACAAAUGAAAUUGUAGAAGUUUAUUUUGAAAGUGCAUAUGACAGGACUCUCUCGAAACGCAACA